GGGUCAGUGAGUGGACCGCAGCCCCGGCUCGAUCGUGACGGACUGCGUGGAUGGAGAGGGGGUGGGCGCGGGGGGUUACCGUAGCCGCACAAAAGCCGUUUCUUUACCUGCCCUCCUGGUGCUGGUGCGCCUCUAAGCCGCUUGGAACCGAACGAUGUGAAUACCUCCCCGGGAUUAGAGGCUUUUUGGCUGAGGAACAAUGCACCGCGGCUCGGUGCGCCAUUCCCGGCUUUUGUUGGCGAGGCGGCGGACGCACGGUCCCCGGUCUCCAGACUCCCCCCAGUGAGUCCACGCAGCCUCCCCGCUCCGUGUGCUCACCCACCCGGCGUGGAUAAUAUGACUUCCUGGCCAUUAGCAUAUGGCAGCGUCCCUCUGUGUCUCCUGCUCAUAGUGGCUCUCUGCGCUGGAACUUUCCAUCCGGGCGACAACUUGUGCUCGUCUGCUCUGAUUACGUCUUGCAAAGAGUGUCUCAGACGUGGACCGCAGUGUUCCUGGUGCUUCCAGGAGGAUUUUCUGGAUGGAGCGGGUGCUGGGUAUCGCUGUGACCUACAGGUGAACCUUCUCAGAAAAGGCUGUGGACCAGAGUUCACAGAGAAAUCAGACCUCAAAGUGGAGGUCAACGCCACUGUCAGCAGCACACAAGUGUCCCCGCAAGACGUCAGCAUCACGCUCACACCAGGUUCAGAGGCCAGCUUCAUUGUUGCCGUAAAGCAGCUGCCACGGUACCCAGUGGAUCUUUACUACCUGGUGGAUGUAUCCGCAUCCAUGCAGGAAAAUCUCGAUCAUCUCAAGACUGUGGGUGUAGCUCUGUCUCUGCGUAUGACGGAGCACUCGUCAGACCUUUGGCUCGGUUUCGGCUCGUUUGUGGACAAGCCGGUGUCGCCUUACAUCAACGUGCAUCCCACCAAGAUCAACAACCCCUGCAGUGACUACGAGAUCCGCUGCCGUCCCGCCCACGGCUUCCACCACGUCUUAAGCAUGACUGGAAAUAUGAGCGAGUUCACACGUGUGAUCAAACGCCAACGCAUCUCGGGUAACAUGGAUACACCCGAGGGAGGCCUGGACGCAAUGCUGCAGGCUGCUGUGUGCCAGAGAGCUGUGGGUUGGCGUCCAGAGGCCAAACGUCUGUUGCUCCUGAUGACCGACCAACCUUCUCACCUCGCCCUCGACAGCCGGUUAGCAGGAAUUGUCAUUCCGCACGAUGGCCUGUGCCACCUGGAAAACAACGUCUACACUGGGAGCACCAGGAUGGACCAUCCAAGUCUGGGCCAGUUGUCUGACAAGCUGCUGGAAAACCACAUUUACUCCAUCUUUGCUGUGGAGAAACAGCAGUACCAGUGGUACGAGGAGUUGGUGCGCUUGCUCCCUGGCUCCUACCUGGGGAAGAUAGGUUUCUUCCAGUCUCCAAACCUCAUUGAUCUAGUCGUGGACUUGUAUAAGAGUUUGUUGACAGACGUGACAUUGUCGGUGUCAGUGGAUGACAAGGCAUUCAGCAGGUACUGGACAGCCGUGUCACCCAUCUGUCCUGAAGGGGCCACUGCUAAAGAGCAAAGCUGCUCAGGGGUGCAGCCUAACCAGACGGUCUACUUCAACAUCACCAUUGGCCUGCACUCCUGUCCUGACCACCGUGCCGAUGAAGACAUUCAAGUGAUGGUUCGCCCUAUGGGCUACAAUGAAUCCACCACUGUUAGGAUCCACUCCAAAUGCCAGUGUCGUUGUGGGUCAACAGGACACUGCCACGAGAACGACCGGUCGCCAUGUGCAGGGACUAUAGAUGGCACCGGCCGGCAGCGUAUGCCGCAUCAGGGACUUGUUAAUGAAUCAAACUGGAAUUGUCGAGCGGAAGGCUCUAAUGAAGACUGUAAUGGUCGCGGAGUGUGUGAAUGCGGGAGGUGUGUGUGUGAGCACAGUAGACUCGGCACAAUCUAUGGAAAAUACUGCGAGAUUGAUGACUUCUCCUGUUCUUAUAAAGGCGGACUUCUAUGUGGGGGACAGGGUGUGUGUGUGUUGGGUGAAUGCGUGUGUGAGGACAACUGGACAGGCAAUAGCUGCGGUUGUCCCGUCUCCACAGCAACCUGCCAAUCACCUGAUGGCUCGUCGUGUAGUGGACGAGGCACGUGUGUGUGUGGCCAGUGCGUGUGUGACAAUCACAGAUACUCUGGAGACUUCUGUGAGAGAUGUCCUGAUUGUAAAAGCUCCUGCCAGUCAAACCGGAAGUGUGUGGACUGUCACACAUUUCAUGGUCUCAAACAACAUGAGGCGGAACACUGCAACCACACUUGUGAUUCGGACGUCCUUUACAUCAGUGAUAUGAUGUCAGGGGGAAAUUGGAUUCAAUGUAUGUACAUCAGUAGUGACAACUGUCGCUAUUGGUUUCAAACAAGCUCAGAGUCUGGACGGAACCGGCUUCACAUUAGCACAAGAGCAGAGUGUGCCAGUAGAGGCCGGCUGGUCGGGACUUUCCUAAGUGUGUGUGCACUGACAGUUCUGUGCGGGCUGGUGGUGGUGGCAGUGUCCAGGCUGCUCCUGCAGAAAAAAGGCUGGUCGCCAGGAGAUGCCAGUAAAGACGGAGAAUAUCGCUGCACUAGCAAGGAAUUGUCCUUCAUCCCUUCAAGCAAUGAGAAGACAGUGACUUACAGAAGAGACCGAUCGCAUGAUCAUUCGGUGGAGAUGACCGUUCACGUCAAGAUGCCCCUUGGUGAACCUUGGCAGUGAUAGGUGGGCUCAAGUGGAAGUGGACACAUUCCAUUGAGGCGAGUCAGACUCUGUUCUACUUCACUGCAGAUGGGAAAAGUCUGAUGGUAGUAAGCAAUUGAAAACCUCCAUGUUUUUUUUAAGACUUUGGGACUGAGAUGGCCAGUACAGUACAGUAUUUUGGUUAUGGGGCUACAACAAAGAGCACAUGGCCUCCAAACUCCCUGUGUGGUAGCACUGAUGUAAGUCUUCUACAAAGGUGAUCAUGCAGUCAUUACCACUCUAAUUUAUGUGUGUUUGCGUGCUUGCGUCUGUGUGAAGUGAGGGCUUCUAGUCCUACAUUUGUGAUCCAAAUAUUAUGUCUCAGACUUAGCCUGCCCUCUUGUGGUCAAUUUGAGGUACGACUUUUUGUAUUUCACCAUUUAUGCUGUCUGCACACGUAGUGCCUGUUGCUUUAUGACUUUAGGGUUAAUUUAUGACGUGCACUUGUGACUAUUAUUUUCUAUUUGGCGUUAUACUUAACGUUUUUCAUUGAUUCACAUUGUAUUCUUAGAGGUUUCAUUGUUUGUGUUAACUGAUCAACUACAUUGCAUUUCAGGUGUAUUUUUUAUUUUUUUUAAUUCUAUCAGAGUAGUUUCAUGUGAUUUUCAGUUGUCGACCUGUUUAGACUUGCACUUGUUUUGCAUUAUACUACUGAGGCGUCCUUUCAUUAAAGGGCAUGAGAGCUGUUCAGUGGGAUUGAAAUAACGUUUAUGCUACAUUGGGCAUUAAGGGUACAGUAACAAAUCCACUGGAAUAACAAUAAAAGUGUAACAUUUCUGGGUAGCAUAUUAUCACAAGCAUGAACACGUGACCUCAAAUGAGAAGUGCGCUUGCUGUAUAUUGGCCAUCUGCCACAACCAACUGAACUGGACUGAUGACUUUACACUUCUGAUCCCUUGGUAUAUGUCCAAGCUAAGCUCGAAAGGUACUGAGAUCCAUGGUGGAAGAGUGCUCGUCAAUUCUCUGCACUAGGUGACUUUCCAGUCUUUUUCCUCUUUAUGAUUUUAACUUGAGGCGAUUUUUGUUUACAGCAAUAGCUGCUUUAUCUUUUUUUUCCCUGCUAAACCAGGAACACUACUAUUUAUUGUAAUGUAUUUUCUUAUUACUUGAUAUGUAAAUUGUACUAUACUGCAGUGAGUACUUGAGUUGCAAUGUUGGUUUCUCCCCCGAAAAAAAAUAAUAAUAAUAAUCUGCAAUAAGUGAAUCAUCUCAUUAAAGUAACAGCAGCACUUGUUUGUAGGUUUGGUGUCCACUGUGACUUGUUGUCUAUCAUGUCUUUCUAUCACAAUAAAAGAACGCAAGAUUUUUCAAAUCA